GGGGGAGGGGGAGGGUGUAGAUUGGUGCCAAGCUGCACGGAAUGAAGCAGCACCGUCUACACAAGCUGUAAAAUCUUCUUGUCCACACAAGAUGGGGUCUCGUUUUCACCGAUCUCUAACCCAGUCAUCAUCUUUAUAAAACUAACAACACAAGAACACAUUGCUCUGUAUCAGUCAUAAACAAUGGCCUCGUUAAAAUUUCCUUCUCUUCCAACACUACCUUCAAAACCCAUUUCUAAUCACAAUUUUAAGAGGCAGUUAGCAGUGACUUUAAGUGUGGGAAUUGGACUAGGUUUGGCUGUGGCUCCCCAGCUUGCCAAGCAAAGAAGGUGGCUGGCAAAGAAUCUUUGGGAGGCUUACACUGAUGAGAAAACAAGGAGAAGCAGCUCUGGUUAUCUUUGGGGUUCCCUGGCGUGCAUGUCUUUGUCAGCUGAGGUUGCCCACAGUGACAGCACGAGGGUGGAACCCAAUACAGGUGUUUCUUUCCCAUCUUCUUUGGAUGAGACCAAGCAACUGGCUGGAGUUGGAGUAAGGAGGAAGAGUAUUUUUGGCCUUAAGAACAUCAAUGUAUAUGCUUUUGGAUUGUAUGCAGAUGAGCCCAGUCUGAAGGAAAAGUUAGUUGACAAGUAUGGAAAGCAAUCAGCAACAGAAUUGAAAGAAAAUAAAGAAUUUUAUGAAGAUGUUAUUGGAAAUGAUCUGGGGUUGAUGGUGAGGCUGGAGAUUGUCUAUCGUAAAUUAAGUAUUGGUUCAGUGCGUGGUGCCUUUGAAGAUUCAAUUGGGAGUCGGCUUCAGAAAUUCAGUGGAACCGAGAAUAAGGAAUUACUGCAGAGAUUCACUUCUCAAUUUAAAGAUGAUUACAAGCUACCACGUGGCACAAAAAUAGAUAUCUCUAGGCUUCCUGGUCAUAUCCUACAGACAAAGAUUGAUGAUAAAGAGAUUGGUAGCAUUCAGAGCAAGCUAUUAUGUCAGUCUUUGUUUGACCUCUAUAUUGGAGAAGAUCCACUUGACAAGCUGGCGAAAGAAGAAAUUAGAUCGGGUUUAGCAUCCCUUCUGACCCAGUAGACGUGUGCCUUUUGCUUCUCUAACCCAGGAUAAAGCAAUGUUCCACUUGCUAUGAAAAUGUAAUGUGUUUGACUUUGAAAAGUAAGCUGCAUUUUCUGGGGACAUGCAAGCAGUAUGUAGGUUCUGGUUUUUUCACCGGUUUUAGAUGAAGAAGUAUCUUACUGGUCUUUACAACAUUGACAGGGAACUUAGACAUGGUUCAACCUAUGUUUAUGAGUGACUUCCUAAUAUGAUUAAAUGUUUAUCAAAUUUUUAUUGCCUUUCACCACAAAGUGAAGGGAUAAAAUGUUGUAUAUUUUUGUCAGUCAUUUGUUGGCAGAGCUUAAAAAACAUAUACAAAGCUUCUAGUGCAGACAGUUCUACUGCCCA